UGCCGUGAACGGACUUCGACGUACGCGAGCGAGCGAGCGAACGACCGACGGCCGACGAGAGAAUUGCAUUUUGUUGUUUUUUUUUUCGUGUGUGUUUUUGGUGCCGCGGUAUUGCGUUUGAAAAAUAUACGCGUAUUUUAGUUGAUCGCGCGUAUCAAAAUGGCAGCAGCAGCAGCAGCCGCCACAAUAGCCGCCGCAGCAGCUGAAAUUAUGCAAUGAAUGCCGCAUCAAAUUUUUUUUUUGUUGCAUUUCGUUUUCGUUUGACAACCGACAACAAAUAAAUAAAUAAUUAAUGAAAUAAAGUAGAAUAAAAUGAAAUGAAUAAAAAGUGCAAGUGUUUUAUAAAAAAAUAAAUAAAUUGUGCGAAAUAUAAAUGAAUAAAUGCGAAAAGAAAAAAGAAGAAAUCUUUUGAAAAUACGCAUCAUUUAUUUGUUAUUUGCUUUUCUGAUCAAUUUUUGGUUUUGCUUUAAAAAAAUAUGAAGCAGACGCAACACAAAAUUAAUAAUAAUUACAAUAAUAAUAACAAUAUUAAUAAUAUUAAUUACAAUACAACAACUAAUGAGCCGCAAUCAGCGAAUACUAAUAAAAAGAAAUGCAAUUAUAACGCAACAGCAGCAACAGCAACAACAACAACAGCAACAACAGCUACUAACAACAACUACAACAACACAACGGCAACAACUACAACAGCAACAGGAAUCGCAACAACAGCUGCAGCUGCAAAAAGCAAAUUGAAAAACAAACACAUUUACUUUGUGCGUCGUCGCUUUCGACGCAACAGCAGCAACAAUAACAACAACCAAAACAACAACAACAACAAUAAUAAUAAUAUCAACAAUAAUAAUAAUCAUAAAAUUAAGCAUAAAACAAAUUUCAGCAGCGCAGCAACAACUAAAACAAUACCAACAACAAAUAUCGCAGCAGCAACAACAACAACAACAGCAAAAAACGGGAGGAAAGCGAAAAUGGGCGGCGGCAAAGAUAUUCGCCGCGGCCUGGAGCCAUUGGAAUUUGAGGAAUGCAUUGUCGAUAGUCCCGAGUUUCGUGAUAAUUUGAAUCGUCACGAAAAGGAAUUGGAUCACACUAGUCAUCAGAUCAAGCGCAUUAUCAAAGAGGUGAAAGAUCUAAUGAGUGCCGCUAAAGUACUUUCCACACGCAUGAAACAGUUGGCCAUUCUGCUAAAUGAUUUCAACUUUGAGUGCAUUGGCACCGCACAAACCGACGACGAGAACGUCAUCUGUGAGAGCUUAAAGCGCUUCGGUGCCAUCAUUGGCACUAUUGAAGAUGAACGCGAAAAAAUGCUUACGCUUGCCGAUAAGCAUAUUAUUGAAUCGCUGGAGGACUUUCGCAAGAAACAAAUCGGUGGCGUUAAGGAGAAUAAAAAGAAGUUUGAUAAAAAGACAGAGAAAUUCUGUCAAUCGCAGGAGCGUUUCCUCAAUAUGUCAACCAAAAAGCCAGAGAAUACGAUACAAGAGGCCGAUGCCAGUUUGGGCAUGCACGAGCGUGAGUACAUACAGGAAUCACUGAGCUAUGUGCUGCGCAUUCAGGAAGUGCAGGAACGCAUCAAAUUUGAAUUUGUCGAAAUACUGCUGGCCUUCAUAUCCGGCUGGCUGGUCUUCUAUCACACCGCCCACGAGCAGGCCGAGGAUCAUCGCGACUAUCUGCAGGAUCUGAGGCACAAGGUGCAAAAGACUCGCGAAAAUUUCGAGGAGGCUCGCGAAAAGGUCACCGAACUGAAAACCAAGUACAUGGAAAAGCGCACGAAGUCCGAAGAGAUUUUCACCAAACGCGGUUAUCUGUUUUUGAUGGAAAAGAGUUCCCUUCUGAAAAUCUCACUUCUAGAGCCUUUCAAAGCAACAUGGACAAAAUACUAUUGCACAUUCAAGAAACAGAAGCGCGAAUUCACAAUGCUUCAGUUCAAUCAGAUGAAUCACAGCUUCACACGGCCCGAGGCCCGUGAGGACGAGAAGUUGACACUGUUCUCGUGCCAGCGACGGGCCUCCGAGUUUGAGAAGCGUUUCUGCUUUGAUCUAACAUUCAAGGAGAAACCCGGCAUUGUCUACACGUUUCAGGCGCUUAGCGAAAAGGAUCAUCGCUCCUGGCUAAGCGCCAUGGAUGGCACGGAGCCGACCUAUCUGGCACCUGGCAAGAUGAAGGCGAGCGAAGCGUAUCAAUUAGAUGAGACUGGCUUCAUGUUUGUGCGUCGCUGCAUUCAGGUGCUGGAGGGACGCGGUCUCGAGGACGAGGGCAUUUAUCGCAAGAGUGGCGUUGGCACCAAAAUCAACAAACUCCUCGCGCUCGGCAUGGAGCGCAAAGAGACGGAGGAUGUGUUCACCGAUGACAAGUAUCGGGAUCUCAUGGAGAGCAACACAAUUGCCAGUGCCCUCAAAAUGUAUUUACGUAAUCUAAACGAGCCGCUGAUGACAUAUCACUAUCACAGCGGCUUCAUCGAGGCAGCCAAAAAAGAGAGCCUCAAUCAGCGCGUGAAUGAGGUGCACAAGCUGGUCUAUAAGCUGCCGCAGCCCAACUUUGAAAUGCUGGACAUGGUCAUCAGGCAUUUAACUGAAGUCUCGCGCAAGUACGAGAAGAACAAGAUGUCUGUGUUCAAUCUGGGCGUGGUAUUCGGUCCAACGCUGCUGCGUCCGCUGGAGGAGACCGUGGCCGCCAUACUGGACAUCAAGUUCAACAACAUUGUCAUCAACAUACUCAUCGAGAACUAUGAGCGCAUCUUCAAGAACGAUCCAAGCAGCGCUGUCAGCGCCUCCUCGCUACCCACAACAGCGGGAAAUCUGCACACCAGCAGCACCAGUCCGCCCACUCGCAUGCCACGCGCCUCCCAGGUGGGCAAAGCGGCAUCCACAGGCGGUGGCGGUGGAGGAGGUGGUGUCCUCAGUGCUUCACUUUCCACGGGCGGCGGUGGGAGCGUGGGACGCAGCUCGAUGUAUUCGCCGCAGCAGAAAGUGUAUCGCGUGGUCACCAAAUCCAAUUACACGGAGCCCACAAUGUCGUCCAGCUUGCAGAAUAUUCCAAAUGGCAUGAUCUAUGCCCAUGGCCCGGCCAGUGCGAGCAGCAGCACGCCACCUGGCGGCGGCGGCGGCGGUGUAACAAACACCACCAAUGGCGGCGGUGCCACAAAUGGUGCACCACGAUCCGCACAGCAAAUGGGCAGCAUGAAGAACCUGCAUGCGAUGACCCAGAGCGACAUCAGCGGACGACGCAGCGGGACAGAUGCGGCCGCCGCUGUCUAUGGCAUUCUAGGCGCUGGCGCUGGGGCCAAUAAUACGAAUGGUGGCAGCGGUGGCGGUGGAGGAGGAGGAGGCAACACCACGAACGCAGCGCUUCAGGCGCAUCAUGCCACACCGGCGACGGCGACGAGUCGACAUGUGGCCGCUGACUAUCUGAUGGCCACCGCCACGCCGGUGGCACAGUCCGCCUCGAGUAGUCACAUCUAUACGAAUGCGGGCAGCAAUCGGCACAGCCUGAACAACGUCUCCCCGCCCACGGCCGCCAUGCGCAAGGAGCGACUGCUGCAGAACUCGGGCAGCAGCAGCGCCAUUGUCAGCGGUCCGCAGCAGCAUCCGCCGGUGCAGCGCAGUCACUUUGGCUACGGCCAGUCGAAGCAUUAUUCACCUGUGGCCGCCGCCUCCACGUCUAGCUCUAAUGAGAGUGUCUGCGAUUCGUUGUCCUCCAACAAUGGCUUAGGCGGCGGCGGUGGAGGAGGAGGAGGAGGUGGAGGUGGCGGAGGUGUUGCUGCUGGUGGAAAUGGUGCCAGUGGUGGCCACUUGACCUCAAGUGGCGGCAACGGAGGCGGAGGUGGCGGUGGCGGUGGCGGUGGCAGCAAUGCGAAUGUAACGCGUCUGCUGAAUGCGCGCAGCUCGAUUGAUUAUCCGCCCAUCACAUCGCAAACAUCGUCGCUAUCGACGCUGCUGGGCUCCACGUGCGACGACAUUGUGACGGCGACGGCGGCGCCAUCGAUGAUCGGCGGCGCCGGUGGCAUGGGCAGCCUCAGUGGCAGCGGCUCCACCAACGAGAGCGCCGACUAUGCGCCAACCAAAAUGCAUCGCAAUCGCGACAUCAUCCAAAUCAAGCGCGAUCUCAACGCGGGCACAGCGCGAGUGAGAACUUUAUACGCGUGCAUGGGUGAAAGCGAGGGCGAGCUAUCCUUUGAGCCAAAUCAGAUCAUAACGAACGUUCGCUUUUCACAUGAGCCUGGCUGGCUGCAGGGAACGCUGAACGGGAAGACGGGACUUAUACCGGAGAAUUACGUGGAGCAUUUGAAGCCAUACCACUAAAUACCAUAUAUAUUCCCCACUUUAUACCCUUCUUAUCCCCUCUCUUACUCUUUGUAAUAUUCCCCGUAGUCGUUUCUUCCUGUCGAGCGCGUUUAGUACUGUAAGCAUAUUAGCCUAGGGCGCUAGGUAUAGUUCCAAAAUCGAAAGAAUUCGAACAAGAAGAAGAAUACGGAAACUGUGUAAAAUUGUAUAAAAGUGAAAAAGCUGAAAGAGCAGAAGCAAGAGAACGCAACAAGUAGAAAGAAGAAGAAAGCAAGAGCAACAUGGCUAAUACUUGAAAUGGGUAUCUAGUUAUGGAUAGAUAUGAAGAUAUAUAUGAUAUAUAUGUAUAUAUAAAGAUAUACAUAUAUUCUAUUCUAUUAUUAUAUAUUAUUAUAUUAAAUUUAACGCUAACUAGUAAGCAUUAAUGUGAAGUGUUAAGUCUAAGCCAUAAAAGCCACCAGUUUACUUUAGUAUGUACUGCAACCACACAAGAACAACUACAACAAAAACAACAACAACAAUUCAAAUCAAAUUAUGGAAAUAUAACAACAACAACAACAACUAGCAGAAGGGGAGCACACAGGAUAUGGAACACCCUGUAUGUGUGUGCAUCUUCCUCUCUCUCCCACACCGACCACGCCCACGCCAACGCCACCCAGCUCCGCAAACAACAUUUUUAGUUAGUUUUCAAACAUGGAAUGAAGAAAUUGUUAAACAAAAUCAUGCAAUGAGAAAUGGGAAGGAAGGAAAGAAGAAGAAGACGCAUAGAGAAAAUGGCGACAUCGCGGAGAGAGAUUAAAGUAAACAAUAUACACAACUAUAAACUAUAUAAAUAUAUAUAUAAACUAUAUAUUUACUUACUAUACUUAUACUAUAUAUACAUGCAUAUAUAUAUAUAUAUAUAUAUAUAUAUAUAUAUACACUGAGAAGAAAAAAAAGAAAGAAGGAAAGAAAGAAAGGAACCCAAGUAAAACGGCAAAAGUUAAUUAAUUUAUUGUUGUACGCUUGUAUUUGUUGCUUAAUUAUAAACAAACAAUUUUUUUUUUAUUUGUAUACCUUUUAAAUGUAUAUAAUAUAAAUAAUUAAUGGAAAACAACAUACACACACACAUACACAAAACACACACACACAUUGAAUUGUACAUUGAUACACACACACAUACACACAGGCGUGCUUUGAGCAACAUUUUGAACACUACAGAAGAAAUAAAUCCAUUUUGUAAAGUAAACCUACAACAACAAACACACACACACAUUUACAAUUUAAAUGUAAAUCAAAAAAAAGCAUAUGCAUUUACAAUUUUUGUAAACAAAUAAAACAACUAAAUAUGAGCGAGAAAAACAAUUUUAAAUUCAACAUUUCAAUUGGUUUUGUACCGCAGCAAACAAAAUACCAUAAACUAUAUAUUUUAUAUAGCAAAAAUACGCCUAAAUACAUACUAUACUAUAUAUGAACUACCCAUAUUUACCUAUACAUACAUAUAUGUAUAUAGCACACAUAGACAUACAUACAUUCAUACGUAUGUAUGUACAAAUACAUAUAUACAUGAGUGUGUAAGCAGUACUCCUAAAGUCGUCCAUUUAUAAGCAAUCCACACACAUUCCACUUGCUUCUUACCAUCCACAAGAACAACAACUACUACUAUGUCUACUAAACUAAUACUACAAGAACUGCAAGCAUCUACAUGUGUGUGUGUGUACAUGACAUGUAUAGAGUUAGCAUAUUAAAUGGAACCUUCCCAAUGCACAGGUUAAAGCUACUAUCGGAAGCUUCAAGCAAAACUAACCAUAUCAAAAAAGCACAACGACGGCCCGCAGCAUUAUGAAAACCCACCAGAAAACAAAAAAAAACACAAAACAAAGUAAAGCAAAAUAGUAAUAAAUAUCAAAAUACACUGCAUACAUACA